AUGCGACGCCACUUGAAAGCUUGGCUUGAAGUCAGAAAAUCUCGGAGUAAAAACGAAGUCGAUCCUGCGCCUCAGAUGCCAUGUCUCACAAGCCCACGCCCACGCGUUUUGACACCAUCAUCCUCCAAGCAAGAUCUCUCGCUACCACUGCAGAGCUCCCCACUGUUCAGCAAGUUGCCAACCGAGAUCCGACGAAGAAUUCUACUUUUUGCUUUUGGCGAUCGUACAGUGCAUAUGGAUUUAGCUCUCGAACAUCCUUUCAAGGCAAAAGCACCUGCCUUGAGCUAUGAUCACAGGCAUGGCAAGUUGGAUACGCUAUGGCGUGAUAACCUCGACAGAAGCCGACCUCGGAUUUGGAAAUGGAAAGGCUGUGCCCUCCCCGGAUUCGAAAGAUUUUUCGGUGUGAAGAAUAUGUGUGCCAACCAGCUGAUGACAAUUGCUGCUCCGGACGGGCAAACUUUUGCCAUGGGUGGAAGGAUCAUUACGGAACUACUGAUGCAUGUUUGA